AUGCGCGCCGCGGGGCACCUGUUCGCUCGACGGACCGCCUCACCCGCCCUCCUCAGCGCCUCACCCGCCACCCGCCUACCCGGCAUCCGCUCCCCGCCCUUCUCCAUUUUCUCCUCCCAAUCCGCAGAUCCCCCUGGGGCGAUCGAUCUGCCCAUCAAUCGCCAGCCCCUAGGCGGCGACCGGCCGCCCUUGCGGAUCGCGAAGCCCGAUCGCGGCGACUGGCGGGGGGGAAAGGGCGGGCGGGGGCCCCCGUCGUCCCCCGAGAGGUUGGAAUCCGUUCUGGGCGCCCUGGGGCGCCUGGGCAUGAGCCGGGGCCAGGCGCUCGGCGCAUUGGCGCGAUGCCCGCAGCUGUUGGAGCACCGCGACACGGGCCGGCUGGUGGAGCGGGGGGAGUGGCUGCGGGCGGAGCUGGACGCGGGGGAGGCCUUCGCGGCGGAAGUGUUGGUGAAAGAUCCCCUGGCGCUCGUCAAGAGGCAGGAGACGCUGAGGGCCAAGAUAGAGUACCUGCUUUCCGAGGGGUUCACGAGGGCGGACAUAAGGCGAUUGAUAAAGUGCAAGGCCAACGUGCUGUCCAAGUCGCUGGCGGGCCUGAUGGAGAAGAUGGAGUACCUGCGGCGCGCUGGCGUGCCCCGGGAGAGGCUCGCGCGGCUGCUGGUGAUGUACCCGCAGGUCCUGAACCUGUCCAUAGAGGGGAACGUGCGGCCCACCGUGGCGUGGCUGGAGGGCGUGGGCGUGCGGGACGGCGACCUGGCGGCCGUCCUGGCCAGAUUCCCCAACGUGCUGGCCUACUCCGUGGAGAGGAAGCUGAAGCCGGCGGCCGAGUGGAUGGCGAGGGCGGGGUUGAAUGGGGAGGCGCUGGCGUCGGUGGUGACGAGGUUUCCGCAGGUGCUGAGCUGCUCUCUGGAGAAGCUGGAGGGGAACCGCCGGCGCCUGGCGGCUCUGGGAGUGGGCGGGGAGGACUUUUCCAGGGUUUGUCGGAUCAAUCCAACGCUGUUGGGGUGCGCAUUGGGGGGGCCGGUGAUGCGGGCGAAGGUGGCGUUUGUAGAGGACCGCCUGCGGCUGCGGCCCGGGGAAGUCAUAACGAGGUUCCCGGGCUUCCUUGGGUACUCGCUGGACGGCCGCCUGGUGCCUCGGUUGAGACAUAUGGAGGCCAUUGGCUGGCCCGUCACGCUGAAGAAUUGUUCUGCUGUGUUCGGCUUGCCGGACGGAAUGUUUCUAAAAAAGUUCGUCAGGACUGGGGAAUAG